AUGAAUCAAAUGAAAUAAUUAACAAAAUUAAAGAAUGAGACCUAAUUCUGCACUAACUAUCUGGAAAAGUGUUUGUUAGAAAUAAUAUAUAAGAAGAAAUUAAUUAAAAAAGAUAAGUAUAAAGUUCAAAACCUUUUUUGGUAAAAAAGAAUACUGAAACAUCAUGAUAAUAAGGGUGUACCCAACUAAGAAUAAUAAAGUAUUUAUGAAAAUAUUAAAACCAAAAAUAGUAUAUGUUGCAGAUUAUCCAAAAGAAUAAAUUUAAGGGAAAAUGAAGGAAUAAAUGAAUUCAAUGCUAAUAUGA